GCGCGCGCGCUUCUCUCCUCACUCGGGCACCGGCAGGGACCAUGGCUGCGAGUUCGUUGCUGUCCGCGUUGGCCUCCCGGCUGCUCCGGCCCGCGCAAAGCAGCCACUUUGGCCGCCGUCCCUUCCAUCUCACCGCACCUCGAAAUGAAGCCGUUGUCAUUUCUGGAAGGAAACUUGCCCAGCAGAUCAAGCAGGAAGUGCGGCAGGAGGUGGAAGAGUGGGUGGCCUCCGGCAACAAACGGCCCCACCUGAGCGUGGUUCUGGUUGGUGAGAAUCCUGCAAGUCACUCCUAUGUCCUCAACAAAACCAGGGCAGCUGCAGAUGUGGGAAUCAACAGUGAGACCAUUGUGAGACCAGCCUCGAUUUCAGAGGAAGAACUGUUGAAUUUAAUCAAUAAGCUCAAUAACGAUGACAAUGUAGAUGGCCUCCUUGUUCAGCUGCCUCUUCCAGAGCACAUUGAUGAGAGGAAGGUCUGCAAUGCCGUCUCUCCAGACAAGGAUGUCGAUGGCUUUCAUGUCAUUAAUGUAGGGCGGAUGUGUUUGGAUCAGUAUUCCAUGUUACCGGCUACCCCAUGGGGUGUCUGGGAAAUCAUUAAGCGAACUGGCAUUCCAACACUAGGGAAGAAUGUGGUUGUGGCUGGAAGGUCAAAAAAUGUAGGGAUGCCCAUCGCGAUGUUACUACACACAGAUGGGACACAUGAACGUCCUGGAGGUGAUGCCACUGUUACAAUAUCCCAUCGGUACACUCCUAAAGAGCAGCUGAAGAAACACACAAUCCUUGCAGAUAUCGUGGUGUCGGCUGCAGGCAUUCCAAAUCUGAUCACAGCAGAUAUGAUCAAGGAAGGAGCAGCUGUCAUCGACGUGGGCAUAAACAGAGUUCAGGACCCCGUAACUGCCAAGCCCAAGUUAGUUGGAGAUGUGGAUUUUGAAGGAGUCAAGAAGAAAGCUGGCUACAUUACUCCAGUCCCCGGGGGUGUGGGACCCAUGACAGUGGCUAUGCUAAUGAAGAAUACCAUUAUCGCUGCAAAGAAGGUGCUGAGGCUUGAAGAACGGGAAGUACCGAAAUCUAAAGAGCUUGGAGUAGCCACCAACUAACUGUGUCUUCAGUGUCAUGAACAGGCCAGUUCAAGGAGCAAAGCAGGCCAACAGAAAUGCAAUACUUUUUAUUUAUUCUACUGAAACGGUUUCGAAUGAUGCUUUGUAUUUAUUAAAAGCUAAAUGGGUAGGUGUUGGCGCACAUGGCUCUGCGGUACCUCACUGGGGACCUCUCCAGGAUCGUGGUGGGCCCUGCGAUCUCACCAAGAGCAGCCAUUGGCCUGGGGUUAAUCAACAUGGGAGACAUGGUCACGCUGAGGAAACGGAUGCCUUGUCGAGCCUCUUCAGUUAAAAAUCUGCCUUUUCUAGGCGUGCAUUUCCCAAGUGCUAUUCCAAUAAUGUUGACACUCAUUGGAGAUUCCAAGCCUUUUGAGUUCAACUGGUCAAACCAAAGGAACACUGUUUGUAGAGAAAUUUAGGGCAAGGAUACAAAGGAAGAAGAGGUGGUAAUUGGGUGAGAAAAAAGGUACCCUCUUUAUAUACAGAUAAGCAGGUUUAUCUAAACAGAACGGAAUUCACGAGGAGAAAAGAAAACCCCCGUGUAAUAGUAUCCCUAACCUGUCCUUUUGUGGCUUCGUCAUUGGGCAGCUGUGGAGGGUCAGUCCAUUUGCUGUGAGCCCUAGUUUUAUGUAUGUCCCCCUCAGUGAGGUCUUCCCAUUUUAGUUUUCUAGGAUCGAAGGCUUAUUUUAUAAAUUAUUUAUGUGUGUUAUAAAUUGGCUUUUGCUAUAUCCUUUAUUGUUAAUUUUUUUCUAUUGUUAGGAGUGUCUUAUGGUUUCUUUGGUGUGUCUUGAAACCCAUUAUAUUUUUAAGAAAUGGAACUUGGGCUUGAUCAUCUUUAGGGCAGCUUGUAUACAUAUGCAACUUAUUUUUCCACCAAAGAAUUGACAGCUGCUGUCUGCUUUCCUCUGAUGUACCUUGUUGGCUUCCUCAAAAGAUUUUUCAGAGCUUGAGUUCAUAAUGAAUUUAAUCAGAUUUUCUGAUGAAAGGUUUUUUUGUUUUUGUUUUUUAAUAAAACACAUCUGUCUGGUGUGGAA